AUGAUUGCAGUACAUAAACAAAGAACGAAAGAAAGUAUUAAAAAAGGUGAAGUAGAACGUAUCAUCAGUACUGAAGGUUUAACUAGUCAAGAAUUAGAAAAAGCAAUUGAUUUACUUCAAAAACAACGAAUUCACGAACAAAUUCAAAUUGAUAAUUUCGAACGAUAUAAAAAAUUACAUAUGUUUACAUAUUCAACAACAACAACAACAAUAUCAAAUGAACAUGUUAAUCAUAUUAUAAAUUUACAUAAAAAAAAACGAACAAUUUCAUCAAAAGAAAAUGUCAUGAAUCCAAUAACAAAAGUUAUUUCUCCAAAAAAGAAAGUUUCUAUUGAAAUUAAUGAUGAUGAAGAUGAUGAUUUUAUAACGAUAAGAAAACGUCCUAAAGUUAUUUAUCAACCAAAAAUAAAUUCUAUUGUAAGAAAAAAUGAUCCGAUAAAAGAAUGUCUUGAAUCAAUUAUAAUACAAAUCGAAAAUAAUGAUAUAACAUGUCCUAUUUGUAAUCAAGUUUUAUCUAACUUAAGUACUAUUGAUCAACGUCAACAACAUGUUAAUCGAUGUCUUGAAGAACCUCAAAUUCUUAAUAUUGAACCAAAACAUCAAAAAACCUUAGUAUCUUAUACAAAACCUUCAUCUACUAUUCGAAAACCAACAACAAUAACAAUAUUAUCAAAUUUUAAAUGUCAAAUUUGUGGAAUGUCAUUUCAUGUAAAACAUAGUUAUUUAUCACAUCUUAAAAAAUGUUCGAAUCAAAAUAGUGUUCAAUUAAAGCAUGUUGUUAAUUUUGCUACUAAAACUACAACAAAUAUCAAGGAAUCAAAAUCAAUUACUACAAUAAAGAAACAAAUAGGAACAAAUAUUAAAAAUCGAAUUAUUAAAAUGGAAAUACCUAAAACUGAAGAUGAUGAACAACAACAAUUAGCAAUAGCACUUUCAACUUCAAUUAAAACUGCUAUAGAACCUCAUAAUGCUUUCGAUAUUCUUCAAGCUGUAUCGAAAAAAAUCAAAACAAUAGAUUUAUUAACAGUACCAUUAUGGAAUGUCUCAAUGGAAGAUAAACUAAAACUAUGUUCAAUACGUUUAUCAAAUCUAUGUGAACGUCUAAUUACAAUAAUACCUUCAGAAAAUGCAUAUAAAUUUCCUUUAAGUUCUCUUCAAGUUGUAUCCCAAACAAAUUUUGGUCAUGUCAAUUGGUGGAAUAUAACAACAACUGAUCCUCAUUAG